GUGACUUUUCGCAGGGAGCAGUCAUUUGCGGGACUUUGAGCUCGUGCACUCACUUUCUGGACGGAUAUAAGCUCUCAGUCGCGGGUCCGCCCCGUCUCCAGCGCACACCUAGACACGGGAGUGAGGCAGGCAUGCAGCCGGACUCGGCGUGUCGCCACUGGCCCCGCGCCCUCGCGCUACUGCUCUGCGUGCGCUUUGUGCCAAUCCGCGCCGACGGGAAGGUAUUCACUGUUGAGUCAAAGGAAGGCUCCCAGGGAAUGAACCUGGCCGAAGCACAAGAAGCCUGUCGUGCUCAUGGGGCCCGGUUAGCCUCAGCAGAUGACUUGAAGCGAGCUGUCGAGCAAUGCUCCUUUACGGCCUGUAGUCGCGGCUGGCUGGUGGAUGCCACUGUUGGAACUACAGUGUGCAAUGGUCAAGGCAGUGGGCAGCAAAUUAUACAAGCAGUGGAUGUGAAGAUUGAAAGACCAGAGAAAACAGACAGUCUUCAUGAUUCAUUCUGUGUGAAAGACAAAGAUAAGCCAUGUGGAGACCCGCCCUCCUUCCCCCAUACUGCUCUGCAAGGACAUACUGGCUUUGAAAUGGGAGAUGAGCUUUUGUAUGUCUGUACACAGGGAUACGUCAUGGCAAACCAUCACAACGCCUUCUCAUUACAAUGUGACAGCUGUGGGGAAUGGUACGGCUUGGUCCAGGCUUGUGUCAAAGAUGAGACUGAGGCACAUAUUGACUAUGAAGACAAGUUCCCUGAUGAAAAAUCAAUAACAGUUACACACCCUGAAGACAAGUCCACAAUUGACAGAAGAGAAGGUGUGUCCAGGAAGGUGGGUGAGGAAGAAGAGCUCGAGGACUCCACUGGCAAGGCUAUGCCAGAACCAGGAGUUCCCACAGACUCUCCCAUCUCUCUGCUCAGUCAGAAGCACAUUUUUGGAUCACUUCACAGCCCACACCCGAGACAGAGGAGCAUAGGAACAAAGAAGGAUGGCUUAUUAUUUGUAGAAGACAAUCAAACUGGUGUGAAAUUUAUUAGUUCUGAGCAUGCAGGAGCAGAAGCAACAGUCAGCCAGCCUCCUGAACUGCACAAUGGCACAACAGCCAGCACUGAUGAAACCUGGCUGGAUGGCUACCCAGUGACUCAAGAGGAUAGUGAAGAAGUGACUGAAGCUACAAAUCAGUUCAACCAGAUAGAAAUAACCAAGGCUGAGGUGCCAAGGUCAAGCUCCCCACCCACAGUACAGCAGGAACAUACUACCAUCACUCAAGUACCCAGCGCAUUGCUUACAACAACUCCAAGGAUUGCUGCAGUGAUUCCAACUCUCCAAACAGAAGGCAAGUCACUGCCGACAGCAGGUGGCCCAUAUCCAACAUCAUCUUGCCCACAGAUGCAGGAUACCAGCACCCUUUCAGAGUUCAAAGAGUUUGCUGACAAGGGCAACCUAACCGGGCUUUCUGGGGAAAGGCCACUUGCAACAGAAGAACCAUGUUUGGCAGAGCAAUGUGAUAAGGCACGUAAAGGCCCCAUCAUCGCCAUUGCUCUAAGUGUCAUCUGCCUGCUCGUGCUCACCUCAGUUCUGGCCAUCUGGUGUCACAAAAGGAAGCAGAGGAAAAGCUCCGUCUAUAAAAUGAAUGGAAAGGACCAGAGCCGACGGCCCCAGCAGAUGGAGAUGCAACAGCAGCAUGUUUAACAUAAUUGACAGCAGACUCCUGCCACACAGACGAGGAUCUCACUCUCGUCUUUCUUUAAGGCUUGUUUGAGGUCACACAUGCUCACAAAAUGCUUUCAGUGAAGCCAGCACAUUAGCGCAGGAGACCUGCUAAGAAAUAGAAAACCUGCCUCUGGCCUUGAUGCCCUUUGGGCAGAUGUUAGCAGACCAGUUUAGCCAGGGUAGGUAAUAGUUCAGUACUAUGACGGGCACAAAGAAAUGGUUAUCUUUUAAUCAUCAUCAAAAUACAAGUGUACCUUCUGCCUUGGUCUAGCUAACACUGCUGAACGACAGAAACCUCAUGACAUGACUGUCAAAUGAAUGCAACAUUCCACUGCACAUCAAGGUGUGACAAGAGUCUGAAUGUUAGCUCUCUUCCAUGUGCCCAGACCCUCACUUUAGUGUGGAAGCUGCUCAUCAGUUGUUUCAGUGAAGAGUCUGGCUAUUUCACCGGCAGUCCAGUCUGCUACUUCUCCUAAGGGAAGCAGUCUGUGUCGCUACAUACAUACACAGGGGGAUUAUUGGAGGUUACAUCACACAAGUAACUGAGGAAGGAUCUUUCAGCUCACCCAGCAUUUUUUUUUUUUAAACGGACUGCUUGCCUGAAACCAUUUUGUGAAGAAGUAUGACCUUUAACAAAGCCUGCCUAUGAAUCAAACCGCCCUGAGGGUGAAGGGGUUAUUUUUCACAUUGUGAGCCUGCCAUGGUGAAGGAGGGAUGUGACAGCGUAAAAAAAGCAAGGCCGAACUUUGAUGAGUGAAUGGAUAGUUUCUGUCUAGAAUGACAUCAGCACUUCCACCUAAAAGUUCCAGUGUGCCUUAUACCUGAACUCUCCAAAUGCCAAAAAAAUAUGUGAUGAAGUGCUUCUGUCAUUUCAAGUGAGGGAGAUGUCCAUCUGAGGUAGAAUGUGACAAAUUAUGGAUUGCACCAUCUGCUUUGAGAAAAGAAGUGCAUGGCUCACUUCAUUAAAUAUAAUUGAGGUGAGGUGAUCAGUCUCCUGGUGGCACGGGUGUGAGCUUACCUUCUUAGGUUUUUUUGUACAUGAUUCUAUGCAAUAAACAUCAAGACUUGUGCCACUUAGCACCAGAGGCACUGGGCCUCUUAAUUUACUUUCCAUUUGCUCCACAGCACUGGCAGGCAUACUGCUUACAUGUCACUGUGGGUAACAAAUGUAGAAAGAAAUCACAUCGAUAAAUCAGACAGAAGGUGUUGCAAUACUUAUUCUUUUAAUCAAACAUGCUCAGACUCGGUGCCAGAAAACAACACUCUUGCAGGUACUCCUUUUGGAUUUUCAUACAAAAAAACAAACUGAAGUGAGGGGUUAACUACAAGUAUUGUGAUGAUGUUAAAGUUUUAAAAAGAAAUUAGACAAAGCACACAUAAUCACAAAAAACAUAGUAGCAGUCUUCAUGUCUGCUAUCUCAGUCAUUUAGCAUUUAGCAAAAUGGCCUUUAACCUGCAGCCAUUAAUAUGUCUGGGUUAGGUUUUUUCCUCACAUAUUCCCAUGUGUAAAUGUAAGUUGUAGGUAUGUGUGUGAGCAGGCCCUGUGACGAACCAUCACUUUGCACAGGGUUGGUUUAUUCCUUCAGACUGAUGCUGCUGGGAUAUCCUGCAGUCCCCUGCAAACCGGAAUCUCAGUAAGUACAGUUAAGAAAUCCAGGAAAUGUAAAUCUCAUUAAUCUAAACUCUGAAUGCUUUUGGGGUUUGAGUAGUUCAGUAUAGAGAACUGCAUAGCAGAUGCAAGGCCAUUUCUCAUUCACAAAGAACCAUUAGUAAGCGGAAGUCUGAUACAGUACACUUCAAAGCAAAAAAUAUAUAUCUGGCCUGGACUGCAAGCUUUAGGCAGUGCCAAAUUAAUACAUAUAUGAAAUGGGAAAACUACAUUUCAAUAGAAGUUAGUUAUUAAACUCUGGUUAACAUAAAAUUUGUAAUGAACUAUGCCACCAUGGACUAGGACAACCUUGGUAUGAAAUAAACAAAUGACACAUCUAUAAGCACUUCUAUAUCCCCAACUCUUAUCCUUUCCCAUGAUGACACUCACAGACUGUUUUGGAAGGUGGGGAUGAGCCCUGCUGUUCUCACUUUUACAUUUCAGAUGUACAGUCUCUUGCGAUCCCAUUUAAAAACAGUUGGGAGUGGGGUCUCUCAAGAUACUUUAAAUAUGAUUCUGAGUUGUCAUUACAAUUAUCUGUUUUAAGGGAGUACUGAAAAAAAAAAAAUGGGCACGAGUUUGAAUGUUAGGUUACAUUAUUUUAGGGGAGUUGGGAUUUCUCAUAAGUAAAAAUAGAUGUGACCUCAGUUACUUUUAGACUUCUAGUACACCAGUGCCUAAGUGCAAUUAUACCUGUUACACUCGCCCUUGCAUUUGACACCUCCAGAACCUCAGUGGGAGGUUUCCACCAUUUUGCUUUCUCAUUAAAGAGUUGAGUACCUAAUUUAA